AUGCAGCUUACCCAGCUCCUCCUCGCUACCGGCCUCUUCGCCUCCUCAGCCUUCGCUGCUCCCGCCGCCGAUGGCAAGUCCAUGAUGGCUGCCGGUCCCCAGUGGACUAUUCAGAACGCCAAGCGUGUUUGCAACACCGAAAACACCUCCUGCACCUGGAACUUCGGCAUCUACCCCGGCUCCGGCGCUGCCACUCAGUGCACCUACGUCGUGAAGGGCAACACUGCCUCCCGCGCCAACGGUGGUCCCUCCAACUGCGGUGGAUACACCGUCACCUCCGGCUGGAGCGGUCAGUUCGGUGAGGGCAAUGGCUUCACUACCCUCUCCGUUGUCAACAACAAGGCUCGCCAGAUCAUCUGGCCUGCUUACACCGACAAGCAGCUUGCCGGUGGCAAGGUUGUCAAGCCUGACCAGAGCUACGCUCCUGCUGCUCUCCCUUAA